ACACAGCCAGGAGACACUGCUCAGGGCAGAGCCUGGUGCUUUGCAGCAGUGUUGGCAGCAUGGACGGGGCAGUUCAUAGAUCCACAAAAGCAAAGUGGUUGAGCUGUUUAAAAAAACUUAAAACACAUGUUGUGCCAGUGCCUGCCCUACCUGGAGAAAUUUAAUCUGCAAUUUAAGUAGGCUGGCAAAGCAAAGGACACAGUAGCUCCUUGGAGCAGAAAGAUAAUUAAAAUCCCAGGGGAGGAAGCAUCAAUCAACUGGCUGUGCUGAAGUGAGGAGGCGAGAAAGAGAAGAGGAAAUCUCAGCCCCAGCCUGCCAAAAGGGCACUGCUGCAGGACUGCGGUCUGCUGGGAGGACGAGUGCUCUGGCCUCUCAUGGCAUCUGCUACCUGGGCAUUGCUGCCAUUGCAUGGGGUGCCGUGACGCGAUUGGAGGUGGGUGCCUGGAUGUACCACUAUAGCGACCAAGGAGACUACACAUGGGAGCAGGCCAGGAACUACUGCCAGACAUUCUUCACCGACCUGGUGGCAAUCCAGAACAAGCGGGAGAUCGAGUACCUCAACGAGAGCCUGCCUUUCCACGGGCGCUACUACUGGAUUGGCAUCCGCAAGCUGGGCGGCACCUGGACCUGGGUGGGCACCAGGAAGGCGCUGACAAAGGAGGCGGAGAACUGGGCAACCGGGGAGCCCAACAACCGCCGCUCCAACCAGGACUGUGUGGAGAUCUACAUCAAGCGGCAGCAGGAGUCUGGCAAGUGGAACGAUGAGCCCUGCAACCGCAGGAAAAAGGCACUGUGCUACCAGGCCUCCUGCCAGCCCUUUUCAUGCAGCCAGCGUGGGGAGUGUGUGGAGACCAUCGGGAGCUACCGCUGCGAGUGCUACCCUGGCUUUCACGGCCCCGAGUGUGUGGACGUUCUGCAGUGUGCUGAGCUCAAGCCCAGGGGAGCGCCAAUGAACUGCAGCCAUCCCUUCGGAGACUUCAGCUACAAUUCCACCUGCACGUUUGAGUGCCGGGAGGGGUUUGAGCGGCAAGGGACAGGCACACUGCGGUGCCUGCCUUCCCAACAGUGGUCAGCAGAGCCCCCCACCUGCACAGCCAUCACCUGCCCAGUGCUCAGUGCUCCAGACCAGGGAGAGCUGAACUGCUCCCACCUCCAUGGGGAUUUUGCCUUUGGCUCCACAUGUUCCUUCUCCUGCCAGAUGGGGUUUGUGCUGAAAGGGCUGGGGAGCCGUGAGUGCACAGCCACAGGGACCUGGACUGGGGAUGCCCCAUACUGUGAAGCAAUCACUUGCCCAGUGCUCAGCGCUCCAGACCAAGGAGAGCUGAACUGCUCCCACCUCCAUGGGGACUUUGCCUUCGGCUCCACAUGUUCCUUCUCCUGCCAGACGGGGUUUGUGCUGAUAGGGCCACAGAGUCGUGAGUGCACAGCCACAGGGACCUGGACUGGGGAUGCUGCAGAAUGUAAAGCCAUCACUUGCCCAGUGCUCACUGCUCCAGACCAGGGAGAGCUGAACUGCUCCCACCUCCAUGCAGACUUUGCCUUUGGCUCCACGUGUUCCUUCUCCUGCCAGAUGGGGUUUGUGCUGAUGGGGCCACAGAGUCGUGAGUGCACAGCCACAGGGACCUGGACUGAGGAGUCCCCAUACUGUGAAGCAAUCACUUGCCCAGUGCUCAGUGCUCCAGACCAAGGAGAGCUGAACUGCUCCCACCUCCAUGGGGACUUUGCCUUCGGCUCCACAUGUUCCUUCUCCUGCCAGAUGGGGUUUGUGCUGAUAGGGCCACAGAGUCGUGAGUGCACAGCCACAGGGACCUGGACUGGGGAUGCUGCACAGUGUAAAGCCAUUACCUGCCCAGUGCUUAGUGCUCCAGACCAAGGAGAGCUGAACUGCUCCCACCUCCAUGGGGACUUUGCCUUUGGCUCCACAUGUUCCUUCUCCUGCCAGACGGGGUUUGUGCUGAUGGGGCCACGGAGCCGUGAGUGCACAGCCACAGGGACCUGGACUGGGAAUGCCUCACACUGUGAAGCUGUCACCUGCCCAAUGCUUGCUGCACCUGACCGAGGAGAGCUGAACUGCUCCCACCUCCAUGGGGACUUUGCCUUUGGCUCCACAUGUUCCUUCUCCUGCCAGAUGGGGUUUGUGCUGAUGGGGCCACAGAGCCGUGAGUGCACAGCCACAGGGACCUGGACUGGGAAUGCCUCACACUGUGAAGCUGUCAAAUGCUCAGCACUGGCCACCCCUGAGAUGGGCCAGGCUGCCUGCUUCCACCUCCACGGGGACUUUGCCUUCGGCUCCACAUGCACCUUCUCCUGCCAGACAGGGUUUGUGCUGUUGGGGACAGAGACACGUGAAUGCACAGCCACAGGGACCUGGACUGGGGAUGCCCCACAAUGCAAAGCCAUCAGCUGCCCAGUGCUGGACCCCCCUAGCAAAGGCCAGCUGAACUGCUCUCACGUGCACGGGAACUUCAGGUACAACUCUGUGUGCACCUUUUCCUGCGAGGAGGGGUUUGUUCGGAUGGGAGCAGAGGUGCUGCAGUGUGCGGCCACGGGGAACUGGACCAGGCAACCCCCUGUCUGUGCAGAGGACAGUGCCCCCUUCCUGAAGCAAGUCCUGGCUUACAGCAGCGGCACGGCCCUGGCCGUGGCGGGCAUCGUGCUCUCGGGGUCGCUCAUUGCCCUCCUCGCCAAGCGGCUCAGCAGCAGAGAGGAGAAGAAGCAGCUCCUGAACCCCACCAGCGACCUGGGAUCCCCGGGCGUCUUCACCAACGCAGCCUAUGAUGCCAACCUGUGAGCGCGGCCCGGGGCUGGCGGGACCCCGCGCUCUCGCUGAGAGUCACGCGUGGAAAGCUCACCUGGACACCCGCCCUCGGGGCCGGGGGCACCGCUUGGGCCCCGCGUCCUGCUGUGCCGCACCGAGCCGGGAACACCAGUUCCGCCUGCUCCGCGCUUCCAGCCCGGCCCUCGCCAAACCCCCCCGGCGGGCCCUGCCGAGCAGCCCGGGGCCGCGCAUC